CUGUGGUCCUGAUUGACAUUGUGCAGGGAGGGAGAGGGAAUCGUAAAGGAAAAAGAAAGAAUACGCCCUUUUUAUUUCCCUACUUUGCGGAGAGCGCAAGCUAUGUAAAACUUCCUUGGUUUCAAACGCUGUCCAACGGUCGUUUUCCUAUGUAUCAAAGAGAAUUAUCAGGCUUACAAUUGUAACCCUAAUAAGGAUUGAUGUUGUUAUACGCCUAUUACCGCAUCAAGACGAAUAAACUGUAAUUUGAAAAUUACAAUGGACGAUUUAGGAUUGCCUGACCCUCCUUACUCCCCUCUCAGUCCUCGUAUUGUUGUGUUUGAUGCUCUCUUAGCUGAUUUGGAGAACUCCACUUCUCCCCUGGCCAGACGUCCUGUCCUCCUCACUUCUGACCCCCCUGCUGCAUCAGCGAGUCCCCCAGAUCCUGGGCCCCCCAACGACCAGGACUCUAUCCAGACUCGGCCACCACCCCCAGCCUACACCCCUCAACAAACUGUAUCUGCUGCAAUGAAAUCCAAUGGCUCCCAGAACCCCGACACUGACAAACUGUACAGUACAGUGUGCAAGCCCCGCUCACCUCGCUCCCCUGACCCUCCCCCGGCCUUCUCCUCCUCUUCUGUUUUAGGGGGCGGGCUUAGUGAGCUGGACCACUUACUGCAAGAGCUCAAUGCCACCCAAUUUAACAUCACAGAUGAGAUUCUUGCUCAGUUUCCCACCAGUAAAAACGAUGAAGGGGAGAAACUGAAGGAAUUCCAGGGCUCUAGGGGUCGCGAGGAGACAGGCGGCAAAGACAAGGCAGCAUCCCCCUCCACCACCUCUGGCUCAGGGAAGCCUUCAGCCACCUCAGCUACUCUGGAGUUAGACAAACUCAUGGCAUCCCUCUCAGACUUCAGAGUCCAGAGCUCACCGGCUCCUCCUGUCAGUCAGCCAGUGGUUACGUCGCCGCGGCAGCAAGCCCCACCUCCACAGGCCUCUUCUGGUGGCUCCUUGGAUAGCAUGCUGGGGCUCCUCCAAUCUGAUCUGAGCAGACAGGGAGUUCCCACCUCCUCCAAGGGAAACUGCUCUGCCUGUCAGAAGCCAGUAGUUGGGCAGGUGGUCACUGCUCUGGGUCGAGUGUGGCACCCAGAGCACUUUGUGUGCACUGAGUGUGAGGCUGAGCUUGGAAACCAGAACUUCUUUGAGAAGGAUGGAAGACCGUACUGCGAGUCAGACUACUUCUCCCUGUACUCCCCACACUGUGCCCAAUGCAACAAGCCCAUUCUCAACAAAAUGGUCACUGCCCUGGACAAGAAUUGGCACCCAGAGUGUUUUUCCUGUGUAAAGUGUGGGCGGGCCUUUGGAGAGGAAGGCUUCCAUGACCGUGAGGGACAGCAAUACUGUCAGCAGUGCUUCCUCUCCCUGUUUGCCUCCCGCUGCCAAGGGUGUUCCCAGCCAAUCCUGGAGAACUACAUCUCCGCCCUUAACUCCCUCUGGCACCCACAGUGCUUUGUCUGCAGAGAGUGCUACACACCUUUUGUGAAUGGAAGUUUCUUUGAACAUGAAGGCCAGCCACUGUGUGAGGCGCACUACCAUCAGUCCAGGGGCAGCGUGUGCCACGCCUGCCAGCAGCCCAUCCUAGGCCGCUGUGUCACCGCCAUGGGCGCCAAGUUCCACCCCCAUCACCUUGUCUGCCACUUUUGCCUGAAGCCCCUCAGCAAAGGCUGUUUCAAGGAGCAGGAAAACAAGCCAUACUGUCACACCUGCUUCAUCAAACUCUUUGGAUAAGACAGUGGUUCCCAAAGGGGGGUGGAGGGGUCCCGGUGAGGGUUGAAGGAAAAAGGCCCAGGGCAUGUUUGUGGGUCUGUGUCAUGGUGGGGGGAGGGGAGGGGAGGGGGGGGGGGGGCUUUAAGAAAUUUCCUAUUACCAAAGGGGGGCCUUACUGAAAAGGUUUGGGAACCACUGAGCUGAGGAAUGAGGGACAGAUCCUCAAACUGUUCUUCAAAAUGGAGGAGGGAGUCAUAGACAGCCUGCUUACAGUAUGCUAUAUACCUUCUUAAGUAUUCCAAGUGUAGGUACACACAGAGAAAUGGGCAAUAUGGAUGGAAGGACUUAGACAGUAAUGUAAGGGGAGCAGAACUAGUGGAGUAGGGAGGAUUCAUGACAGUGAACGGAGGGUAUAAUGGAUUCUUUUACAAAUACAAGUGCCAAAAAAGUAUACCAAAAGAAAGGGACUUGCAAAGGGAAUGCAAAAAAGUGAGAUCAGGUACAUCUGAAGUUAACACAUAGACUGGACAGUUGAGUUAAGAAGGCAAGUAGUGCUACCUGACAGACAGUUCUUUUCAACUGUACAUUUCAUCUCCUCAAACACAUUCUCUGUCCUGUUGAGUUUUAAUGCACUGUGGAGUAGCAUACCCUUAAUUUCUCUUUCUCGCAAAUGUAUGAUUUAUACAGAACAUGUAAGGAACAAGAUGAAUGGUGUGUUUCAAACCAAUAUUUAAAAUAUUUAUAUUGAUGUCAGUAGGUAUGAAUAUGAUUGCUUUGAUGACCAUUUGUUUAUUAUGUCCAUUUCCUAUUCCUGUUGGGGAUUUAGGUGCUUGUGUCUGCAUAUGUACCACAACCAUACAUAUAUAUAUAUAUAUAUAUGCUUUGCUUUGCAAUUAAAGCUAUUGUCACUUAUUACUGCAUUCAUUUUCAAUAACUUUUCCUGUUUGUGUCUUUUUUGAAAGAAUAAGACCUGUGAGACUUAAGAUUUAUUUAAGAAAUAUGUUGUAUGCUCUAAUGUAAAAAGCCAUAUGCUGGUAAAAAAAAGAAAGGCGGCGGCUUAAAGCUAAGACGUUUAAGACACAUUUAAAGCCAUAUUGUACUUUUUUACCCUGCCAAAGAUUUUAAAGUGAAGAUCUAGUCUAUUUUACGCUUACACUGUGCAGCAGUCCUAUCAAAGAAUAUUAUCAUUAUUUUGGUUGUGAUUGUCUAUCCUUUUUGACCAAAGAUGAAUAAACUAUGUUACCUUUCACUUUA